AUGUGCCGACAUGUGAGGUGGAAAAAUGAACCAGCUUUACCAGGUAAAGCUUAUUGUCCAACAACAAUUGAACAAUUGGCCAACUGUAUUUCACAUCUCCCAUGUAUACCAUUCGGUGUGAUUGGCAUGCUUAGGUUAUACUCAAAAGCGGAUACCUAUUCUGAGUCUAUCGCUGCUAUUGUCUAUGGUUUUGCCAUUAUUUCACUAUUUCUUGCAUCAUCUGUCUUCCAUGUCUUCUGUUUGUUUCAUUCGAAAGGACGUUUACGUGAUACUCUUCAAGUAUGUGAUAGAAUUGUGAUAUGCUUAUUUAUAGCUGCUUCAUAUACUCCAUGGUUACUAUUACGUGAUUUUCAUGCUUCUUGGGGAUUGACUACUUUGUGGUCUGUAUGGAUUGCUGCUAUUUUAGGAUGUGCAUUUGAAUAUGUUUAUGUUGACAGAUUUAAAUCUGUGGAAUUAAUGAUCUAUCUAGCGAUCUCUGUUCUCCCUGCGUAUAGUUUCUUUUAUAUGCAUGAACGUUCCGGUUUACCAAUGAUGAUGAUGGGUGCAUUUGUUUACCUAUCUGGUGUUAUAUUCUUCAAACUAGACGGUCGUAUCCCAUUAGCUCAUGCUAUAUGGCAUUGUUUUGUUUUCAUUGCAACAUUUCUACAAUAUAGUGCAGUAGAGACAUUUUUAUUAACUGAUUAA